AUGAGCCGGUUCGAUGUGCACACAGAUCCCAAGUCUCCUUUUGAUCCAAUUUUACCCAGCAGGAGCGGUGGGUACUGCACCUCCCUAUGCACAUGGGUCCAGUUUCGUCAUGCACUUUCAGGGCGGAUAAGCAAAGCUCGCUUCCGUAGUCGCUCUGCGUUUGCUACGCUUCAGGUACAAGUAGCGUGCAAGCUGUCUGAUCCCGUCAUGUUUCUGGUGACAAAAAAUUAUCUAGCAGUACGCUUGUCGAUCCGUGCAGAGGGAAACGCAGCGUUCACUCGAACGGUUUCGCAGAGAGGCAGGCUUCGAAGCGAACGUAACCGCUGGAGUAUGCACCACAGAGGCAGCGGCUUUGGGGCUAGGGCGCCAGUCACUGCAGACAGCUCCUCACGUAAAGAGCGAAACGUGCUGCGUUCUUUCGCCACUGCAGCGCUGGUAGCGCUGAUGGCCGUUUCCAGUUUCAACUCGCCACUGAAACUUUACCGGCCGGCGUUCGCUGAGGAGGUUUUCAAGGUACCCGGAGGUGGUGCCUCUACUCUCGCAACAGGCACCUCAAAAAUCGUCACAAGAGGCGUCAACUUGGAAGGAGCAAACUUUGCAAAGCAAGACUUACACGGGGUCUCGUUUCAGCAGAGCAUUGUGCGGGAUGUCGACUUUUCCGGAAGCAACCUGCAGGAUGCUUCGUUUUUUGAUGCGGACUGUAGCGGAGCAAACUUUCAGAAUGCCAACCUCUCGCGAGCAAAUCUGGAGCUCGCAAACUUACGCAAGGCGGAUCUCAGAAACGCAAUACUCACGAAUGCCUAUGUCGUUGGGCAGACCAAACUCGAAGGCAUACAGAUCGAGGGUUCCGACUGGACCGAUGUUCUGCUUCGACCCGAUCAACGACGGUUGCUAUGUAAGCGAGCCUCCGGGGAGAACCCUGUGACACACAUUGCGACCAAAGACUCGCUCGGUUGCGCGGAUUAG